AUGUUAAUUCCAAUAUCUAUGGAGUCCAAGAAGGACUUGAUUGGUUCAAAGAAAGUGAAGAAAGUAAUUCGAAUUGAUCAAGAGCCACGAAGUCGAAAAAUGCAAGAAGAAGCAAAAACGGAAGACAUGAUAAAGAAACAAAUUUGGAAACUUGAUGCAGAUAUCACUAUUUUCGUUUCUAUGAUCAAAAACUUCAGUUUGGCGAGUGGUUAUCAGUGUGAACACAUUUUUCAACAAACUGCGAUACUGGAAGAGCUCAAAAACGAGCAUUUCGAUCUAGGGAUCACCGAAUCUCUUUUCAUUUGUGGUUUCCCUCUAUUAGAUCACAUUGGCGUAAAAACAGUAAUCAAUGCUGACUCUGUUCUCUAUCUAGAUGUUGUCAAAUAUGCUCUCGGUGAACCUGCAUCAACUAGUUUUUAUCCUGGAGUCUUUUCUAGAAAUAUCGAUAAAAUGAGUUUUUCUGAAAGAACUCGAAAUCUUUUUGGAAUGGCAUUCUCUUGGUAUUUCUCAUGGACACGUUUUCAAGGAGAACUAGAGGCGAUUAAACCAUACUAUAAGAAAUCAUUGACAUGGGAGGAACAUAUAAAUGGAGCAGCGUUUUAUCUGAUAAACUCAAAUAGAUAUUUGGAUUAUGCCAGUCCAACACUACCGAAAACUGUUUUCAUUGGUGGAAUGCAGGUGAAUACGAAGAAAAAUGGAAAGGUUCAGCUGGAUAGGGAGUGGGAUGAUUUGCUGAAUAUUCGAAAGCAGAAUGUUCUCGUUUCUUUUGGUUCGAAUGCUUUCUCGUGUGAUAUGCCAGAUGAAUUCAAGAAAUCAUUCCUGGAAGUAUUCGCUUCUAUGCCAGAUGUCACUUUCAUCUGGAAGUAUGAAGAAGAGAAUGCAACGUUAGCAGAUCAUCUUCCAAAUGUAAAACUGACAACAUGGAUGCCACAAAAUGAUUUACUAGCUGAUGACCGACUCACCUUGUUCGUAACUCAUGGAGGUCUUGGAAGUUCCAUUGAGCUCGCUUAUCAAGGAAAACCAGCUGUUGUUAUUCCUCUGAUGGCUGAUCAGCCAAGAAACGCGCACAUGCUGACAAGACAUGGCGGAGCUUUUCAGCUCGACAAAUCUCAACUGGACAAACCAGAAGUUAUUCGAAAUGCGAUUCAAACUGUGAUGAAUGACGACAACUAUAAGAGAAACUCUGAGAAACUGGCAGAAAUUCUCUCAUCCCAACCGUAUCAGCCGAAGGAUGUCGUCUUGAAACAUUGCGACUUUGCAGUCAAGUUUGGAGACUUGAAAACUUUGAAUUCAGAGGGAAGAAACUUGAACCAUCUUGUUCGAGUGCUAGUUUUUUCAGCUCUCUUUGACCAUCUCGGUAUCAAAACAGUCAUCAAUGCUGACUCUGUGUUGUUCAUGGAUAUAGUUAAAAACAUUCUUGGCGAGCCAGCAUCUUCUACUUUCUACCCGGCCCUCAUUUCACCUAUGACUGAUAAGAUGAGUUUGAUGGAAAGAAUCAAAAAUAUGAUUCAAAUGUUGGUGCCAAUGUAUUUUUCGAAAAUGAGAUUCGAUGAGGAAUUGAAAAUGAUCAAACCGUAUUAUAACGGAACAAACACUUGGAGAGAACACUUGGCAGGGGUUGCAUUCAAUAUGGUGAACUCAAAUAGAUAUUUGGAUUAUGCCAGUCCAACACUACCGAAAACUGUUUUCAUUGGUGGAAUGCAGGUGAAUACGAAGAAAAAUGGAAAGGUACAGCUGGAUAAGGAAUGGGAUAAUCUGCUGAAUAUUCGAAAGCAGAAUGUUCUCGUUUCUUUUGGUUCGAAUGCUUUCUCGUGUGAUAUGCCAGAUGAAUUCAAGAAGUCAUUCCUGGAAGUAUUCGCUUCUAUGCCAGAUGUCACUUUCAUCUGGAAGUAUGAAGAAGAGAAUGCAACGUUGGCAGAUCAUCUUCCAAAUGUAAAACUGACAACAUGGAUGCCACAAAAUGAUUUACUAGCUGAUGACCGACUCACCUUGUUCGUAACUCAUGGAGGUCUUGGAAGUUCUAUCGAACUCGCUUAUCAAGGAAAACCAGCUGUUGUUAUUCCUCUGAUGGCUGAUCAACCGAGAAAUGCGCAUAUGUUGACUCGUCAUGGCGGAGCUGUUCAACUUGAUAAAAAUAACCUUGCCAACUCAGAUCUCAUUCGCAACGCUAUAAAACUUAUUUUGGAAAACACUUCUUAUAAGAAAAAUAGUGAAAAAUUAGCUAAAAUUUUGGAAGAGCAGCCAUACAGUCCGGCAGAAGUUGUCUUGAAGCAUUGUGAUUUUGCUGUUAAGUUUGGGGCGUUGGAAACUUUGCAAUCGGAAGGAAGGAAUCUUAAUUUGUUACAGUUCUAUUCUUAUGAUAUUUUUCUCCCAAAUAUGGUUACUACCGAGAACGGACGCGUGAGGAUGCCAUUCCCGGAGGGAAGUGUUAGCAUGAACCAGUUUGAUUCGGAACUCAACAGAAACAGACUCACCCGCUUCUAUCUGGAUGUUCCAAAAAAAGGAGAGAGGUUCAAACGAAUCCCGAAAACAGAAGUACAAGAAGAAUUACGCAAUUAUACUCACGCCGAAGCUGUGUUUUUCGCCGCCAGUUCUUGGAACUGGCAGAGAAAUUCGAACCCACGCUUGUCUCGCAGAGAAGGAGAAGGAAUUCCGACAUUCAGAAAUCAAACAGGAAAUCGAGCGUAUUACCGAGUUUUAAAGGAAAAGGAAAACAAGUACAUCUUGAUUGCAUGUCAUGCGAAUGUUCAUGGUUUUCAUCGGGGAGAUCUCCGGUUUGUGGAAGUCAAUGAUAAAACAAUCACGAGAGGAAUCGAAACGUGCAGUAUUAUUGGAAAACUAUUCCCCGGUGAUGUCGUGGCUGUUUCUGAACUGUCGAAAAAGUCAGAUAUUCCAUUGAAUCCACCUGGUAUAUUCAAGGUUCAUCCUGAUGCGAACUGCAUUUGGGAAGUUAGCAGAAUGGCAAUUCUCUCCAGGAGACGUGAUGAGGCUGUAAACUUUGCCAUUUUGGAAAACGCUCUUGCGAUUGUUGAGGGACAUGUUGAAGCGAUGAAUGUCAUGGAAGACGUUAGAAAUAACCCACUUCAAAUGGACACAAUGUAUUCUGGCUGUGCUUUCGUACCGGAAAAAAUGGAGAUUAGUUUCACGGAAGAUUUUCAUAGAAAGUAUAUGAACCCAUUGACUGCGAUAUUAUCUGAUCUUCCUUCCUAUUCAAAUUCUCUUGGAACAAUCCACACCUAUUUUUACGAAGAGAAUCAGACUCGAUUGUUUGAAAUCGGAGUUAAAGCUUUCCAUCCAGAAACGUAUCUAUCCAAGCCGAGUGAAUCAGAAAAAAUCGUGGAAAAAUGUGUCAGAAUGGGUGCGUCGGCGGCUCAAAUUGUUUCCACUGGAAGGUUUGAUGGAAGAGGAUUUCCUGUUCGAGAUAUGCGGCGCACCGGUCCAAUUGUUCGAUUUACAAUUGCCAAUCCGAGAAUUCAGCCAACGGAGAGCCGCUGGACAAAUAAUCAAAGAAUCAAACUCGAAGGAAGAGAUGGAAAGUUUGAUGCAAUUAUUGAAACAGUUGUAUUGGACGAAAGCAGAAGAAAAAUAUGGAUCGCUGCCAGAAUUCCGAGAAACACACCGAACAGUAUAACUUUUCGAAAUGAUGUUUGGAUUGUUCAUCAGCAACCAUACCCCGCUAUUCCGAAGUUCGAAAACGGCUUCUUCAAAGACAUGCAUAAAAAUUCUAACGGAAGGUUAGUGAUAGAAACACUUUAUGGUGGGCCAAUAAUUACUAUCAAUAAUCGAGUGAACGUGGAUGCAUGCUAUAUUUUUCCAAGUGAUCCUGAAGUCGUUCUUAAUGAAUACCAAAAUUAUUAUGUGUCAAUGAUUCUUGCCGAUAUUCCUAUGGUUCUGGGAAACUCUCCAUUUGGAUGUGGAAAAUCAAUGACUAUUGUGACUGCAGCCAUUGAAGUUCAUAAACGGAACAGUCGCCAUAAUGGUCAUGGCAAACAGAAACAACAGCUUCUUGUCACUCAAAGUAAUAAUGCUGGAGUUAGUUUGAUCGAUAUUGCACUCAAAAUCCCUGAUGAAGAUAUCAAAUUUUUGAGAUAUGUCAGCGAAAGCAAUUGGAAUUUGCUCCCAGAAUCUUCUCGAACCGAUUUGGACAUGCCACAGUUAAUGGAAGAAGUUUUUAUCGGCUGGGCAACUCAUACUCUUGCAAGAGUUCAACAACUUAACGAAUUAACAAUCGAAAUGAAAAGAGCUAUGGUUCGAAAAAUCAUUCAGAAGUACCUCCCAUCGCAAGAUCUUGUUGGCGAAGCAAGAAGAAUUUAUGAGAAUAUGAUCGACAGCGACAGAACAACUGAGCCUUCGCCGCGAACUCUGAGACAAGCAUUCUUCCUUCUGUAUCAACCUGAUAUCAUUGUGACUACAGCUGAUUCACUCCAAGGAUUAUUAUCAUGUAGCGUUGUAGAUCCACGAUCUAUUUCAAAUCUUCAAAUUGAUGAGGCAAGUCAGCUGCCAGAGCAUACACUCAUCCAUCUUCUUCACACUUUUCCAAAUGCCGGAUUUGGACUCGUUGGAGAUAUCAAACAAUUGCCACCGCACUGUGAGAAUCAAUUGAUCGGUCGUUUGAAAGAUUAUGGAAUUGGGAACACCAUGGAAAGGUCACUCCAAUGUUCAAUGUUCCCGCAAUCCAUUCUCCGAUAUGUUUAUCGUUGCCAUCCAGUGACAACGAGAAUUCUAAGUGAUCUAUUCUAUAAUGGCCGACUUAUAUCGGGAGUUGAUGAAAACGAUCGGAAUGAGUUUCUCAGAAUGCGCAGAGACAUCUGGCCAAAUCCGAAAUUCCCGAUUGUGGUUUUGAAUCAUACGAAAGGAGGACAUCGUGUUGGAACAUCAGUAGCUAACGAGCAUGAGAAACUUCAUGUCUUGCGAAUUAUCGAAUAUUUGACAGAAGAAACCAAUGGAUACAAACUGAACGCAUCUGAUGUCGGUGUGAUUUCUUUCUACCGGGCUCAGACUUCUCUUCUUACUGAAGCUUUUCGUGGAACUGGUAUCAAGUGUGGAACAAUCGAUGCUUUUCAAGGAUCUGAAAAAGAAGUCGUGAUCGUCUGCUGCACCAGCGAUAAAUUAUCUCCAUUUAUGAAACUUGGAAAUCGUUUCAACGUUGCGAUGUCUCGAGCUCGACAAGCUACAAUCGUAAUCGGAAACGCGAGACAAUUGAGGACUGCUGAGUAUUGGAGCGACAUCGUUCAAAUGGCUAGGAAUAAGUGUUGUUUGAAAGAGGUGUCGGAAUUUGGUAGAUAUCAGAAUGAACGGCAAAACCAACUCGAUGGAGACGAGAGCACGUCUGAUGACGAAAACAAUAGCGACAUGGAUGAUGAUGAUGACAGUGGUGGUCAUGAUUCAGAAGACGAUGGUAUUGACGACGAAAGCAACACCAAUGAAACUGAUGAUGAUGAAUAUGACGACACUGAUGAUAGUGACGAUUUCAAUGAAAAUGAAUCGAGAAAUAAAAAUGAUUCAAUAAUUCAAGCUAGAAGAAACAAAAUACUUUCGGGCGUCUGUCAAAACCAGAAUAACAAAGAGAACAGUCCUCCCCUACAGGGAACCUCUAGAACAGCAAAACGCCGGGAUCAACGUCGCAGAGCACAAGUUCGAAAAGAGAAGCAGGAAAGUCAGAAUCAAUCAUUAGUUCUUCAAGAUCAACAGAAAAGACGAAACCGCCCGAGCAAGAAACAGAGAGAACGGCAGCGCAAUCGACAGAACAAAGAGCAAGAAGUCGAUAAAAAACUUGCAAACAUUAUACUUGAACCCUCAACUACAGAGACUGCUCGCCCACAAACUGAGAAUAGAGACUCAGUUGUUCCAGGAAAACGAAGAAAACCGCAAGUAAAGGGCAGCAAAAGGAAUACAGAAACUGCAAUUAACACCAAGCUCAUUAACAUCAAGUAA